CACAAUUCUGUUAACUACUAUAUCUCUUUUAUUAAAACAUCCACAAAUAUUUUAAACUGAGUUGAGUUAAAUACAAUGCCUCGUUCUGUGUUCCAUUUUCUCUUUUGCUUGGUGACAAUUCUAUGGAUCAGUUUAUUAUGUGGUGAAAGUUUUCGUAUGAGUAAGUGUGUGGAGAUAGAGAGGCGGGCCCUCCUCAAGUUUAAAAAUGCUUACAUUCAUGGAUUGGACAACCCUUUUGCCUCAUGGAAUGAUGAAGAUUGUUGCCAAUGGGAAGGAAUUUUAUGUAAUAAUUUAACUGGCCAUGUAACCGGUUUGGAAAUAGGUUACGCACAGGGAAUUGGAGGUAAGUUAGAUUCUUCAAUAUGUGAACUUCAACAUCUAACUUCUUUAAGUCUCUAUGAUAAUCAGUUAGAAGGAAAUAUUCCAGAGUGCAUUGGUUCACUUGCUCAGCUGAUAGAGUUGAAUCUUGCUUUUAACAAAUUAGUUAUGAUUCCUCCUAGUCUGGGGAAUCUUACCAAUUUGCAAACUCUUUAUCUUGCAUAUAAUUAUGAUAUGAGUGUAAAUAGUCUUGAAUGGCUUUCUCAUCUCUCUAAUUUGAGAUUCCUUGAUUUAUCAUUGGUGAAUCUCACUUUAGUUGUUGAUUGGUUGUCCUCAAUAAGCAAAAUCCCUUCUCUAACUACACUUCAUUUAAGUUGUUGUAUGCUCAAAAAUGUCGCUCAUAAAUCUAUUCCCCAUUUGAAUUCCUCCGUUUCUCUUAAAUACCUUGAUCUUAGGGGAAAUAAUUUAAAUUCUUCUAUUCUGCCAUGGGUUAUUAAUGUUAGCAAAGUUCUUGAAUAUCUUAUCCUUUCACAUAACUCUAUGCAGCAAAGUAUUCCAUAUGAGUUUGGAAACAUGAUGUUUCUUCAAUAUCUUGAUCUCUCAUAUAAUGAACUCCAAGGCAGUAUACCAGAGUCCUUUAGGAAUACAUGUCAAUUGAAAACUCUGAACUUAAAUUCCAACAAAUUGUCUGGCCAACUCGGUGACAACAUACAACAAUUAUGUUGUGCAAAUAAUAGUUUAGAGUAUUUGGAUUUAAGUGACAACUCAUUCAAAAGUGGGCCACUUCCUAAUCUUUCAUGCUUUUCAUCCUUGGUGACAUUAUAUCUUCAACAUACCAAUCUUGUCGGUAUGCUACCAAAAUCACUUUUCCUUUUGUCCUCUCUUCAAAUUUUAGAUCUUUCUCAUAACCAUUUGAGUGGUGUGGAUAUCAUUGAUGAUGCAAAUCUAUCGGCCAUAAGGACGCUAGAUUUGAGUUUUAACCAAUUGAGUGGACCAUUUCCCCACAUAAUCUGUCAACUUUCUAGUCUUGAUGCAUUGUUUAUCUCUUCAAAUAAGUUAAACGAUAUCAUUAAUAAAACACAUCUAUCAAACUUAUCUGAGUUGGAAAUUUUGGAUGUGUCUCAAAACUCACUUUCAUUUAACUUGAGUUCAGACUGGAUACCGCCUUUCAAACUUACAGAUCUAUAUGCAUCAUCAUGCCAGCUGGGUCCUGAGUUUCCAGUAUGGCUUAAACAUCAAACAAAACUUUCUUAUCUAGACAUCUCUAAUACUGGUAUUUCAGAUUCAUUUCCUAAAUGGUUUUGGAAUCUAUCUUCGACAUUGCAAAAUUUGAAUGUUUCACAUAACAAACUUAAUGGACCUUUGCCAAAAUCAUUUCCAAAUACCUAUGACAGUUCUAUUGUGUGGGAUUUCAGUUUCAACCAUUUGAAUGGUCCAUUGCCUCCUUUUCCAGAACUAAGUGCCUUAUUUCUCUCGAAUAAUAUGUUUACAGGGUCUCUAUCUUCUUUUUGUACAUCCUUAUCUCACAGUUUAAUGUAUUUAGACUUGUCUAGUAGUUUGCUAGCAGGAAAACUUACAGACUGUUGGGACAAGUUUCAAUCUUUAAAAGUUUUAAUUCUGGAAAAGAACAAUUUAUCAGGAAAAGUGCCUGGCACAAUUGGUGCCUUACGACAAAUUGAAUCGCUCCAUUUAAAUAAUAACAACUUCUCUGGUGAAAUUCCAUCUUUGAUCCUUUGUCACAACUUGAAAUUAAUUGAUGUUGGCGAUAACAAUCUUCAAGGACCAUUACCUAUGUGGAUAGGCCAUCAUCUUCCCAAGUUGAUUGUUCUACGUUUGCGGGGAAAUAAGUUUCAAGGAAACAUUCCUACAAAUAUGUGCAAUCUAUCAUUUCUUCAAGUAUUGGAUCUCUCUAUUAACAAUAUCACAGGGGAAAUACCACAAUGCUUUAGUGACAUAAUUGCUUUUACAAAUUUGAGUUUUCCAAGAACAAGCUUUUACUAUUCAUGGGUAUCAAUUUCCUAUUUGGGAGGUGAAGUAGACUAUGAAUUGGCCUCCUUCAAUGACAAGGCAGUACUAUCAUUGAAAGGAUCAAAUAGAGAAUAUGAUAAAACCCUUGAACUAGUGACAUCCAUUGAUCUUUCUUGCAAUCACUUGACAGGAGAGAUACCUCAAAGUAUAACAAAACUAGUGGCAUUAUUUGGCUUAAACCUUUCAAGAAAUAAUCUCACAGGAUUCAUUCCCAACAAUUUUGGUGAUAUGGAAAGUUUGGAAUCACUUGACCUAUCAAAAAACCAUCUUUCUGGUAGAAUUCCUUCAAGCUUUUCAAAUCUGACAUUUCUUGGUUACAUGAACUUAUCUUUCAACAACUUAGAAGGGAGAAUUCCACUUGGUACUCAGUUACAAUCUUUUGAUCCUUCUUCAUAUAUGGGGAAUAAUGGACUUUGUGGCCCACCGCUCAUAAAUCACUGUCCAGAACAUGUGAUUUCUUCAACUGGAAGCCAUGAAAAACAUGUCAAGAAUGAAGAUGAAGAUAAGGUCAUAACUUUUGGAUUUUAUGUUAGCUUGGGACUUGGUUUCAUAUUUGGAUUUUGGGGAGUUUGUGGAAGUCUAGUGAUAAAAACAUCGUGGAGAAAUGCCUAUUUCAAAUUCUUCAAGAAGAUCAAUGAUUGGAUUCAACUUAAAGUAGUUGUAUUUCUAAUCAAUAUGAAAAAGAGAUUCCAAGAUGAAGACUAACCGGUAAAGCUUCCCUUGAGAGAGUGAUAUGUUUCAUAUGGAACGUGGAUGUUGAAUUCCAGAGUUGUUCUUUAGGUACUCCUGUACCACUGUUUUGUUUCUCGUCGUCAUGAAUUUUCUAAUUAAUGUAUUAUAGAGUGAAGGAAGUCAACAUUUGUGUGUCUAUUGUUUAAAUCUUCAUGUAUUAUGGAAAGGUAUUAUGCAGUUCAAUUACUUCUUUUUAUCAUAUUAUGUUACAUUUAAUAAUAUUUUAUUUGUUUAAAACGCAAUAGAUUUUGAAUAGAGAUUUUAAUAUUUCAUCUAUCACAAAUUUUUAUAUAGUUUUACAAGUUAUUAAACUAGUUGUUAAGUUUGUUUAUAGAAUUUGAAAAAUCUUUAUUACUGUACAAGUUAUCUCAUACAAAAUUUGAUAAAAAACUUAUCCAAGUUAACCCAAAAAAAAAAUACUUUUACCCGCAUAUUAGCCGCCGGUAAAUUUUUGAAAAUCUUAUAUAUACAAAUUUUCCAAUAUACAAUUUUAUUAAAAUAAAAACUUAAAUUUAUUCACGAAUAAGCCGCGACAAAAAAUUUCGAAAAUCUUUUUUACAAAUUUUCCACUAAAGAAUUUUGAAAACUUAAUUAUUUGAUAGACAAUUUUAUGCAUAAAAACUUAAAUUUAUCAAGAAAAUCUUUUUCAAAAACUCAAUUUAAAAAGAAUAAAUUUGACAUUUUUUUUAAUAAUGGAUAGACGUGAAGAUAUAAUUGUAAGGGUA